UUUUUUUUUCUUUUUCUUUUCUUAUACUCUUGUCCAUAACUCAUCAUGACAUCAGCAUUAGCGUCUCUUUUGGAUAAUGAUUUGUACAAAUUUACCAUGCAGUAUGCAGUAUUACAACAUUACAAAGAUACUUGCGUGACAUAUCAAUUCACCAACCGUGAAAAGGAUUUACAUCUUAAUGCUGAAGCAGCAGCUUGGCUCCAACAACAAAUACAAAACUUAUCUCAACUCUGUUUGACCAAGGAGGAAAAAAUCUUUUUAUCGCAACUCUCGUUCUUUGAUGAGACCUAUGUGGAUUAUUUGAGUGGUUUUCGGUAUAAACCUGAUGAACAUGUCAAGAUCCAGUUUGAUGCAACUACUGGUGAUCUUGAAUUGGAAGUGUCUGGUUUAUGGCAUGAAACUAUUCUAUAUGAAGUUCCUUUAUUGGCCUUGAUUUCCGAAUCUUACUUUCGUUAUGUGGAUCAAGACUGGAACUAUGAAGGACAGCAUCAACGUGCUGUAGAAAAGGCGAAACGAUUAUUGAAUGCUGGAUGUGUCUUUUCGGAAUUUGGUACUCGUCGUCGUCGUGAUUUCAAGACUCAUGAUAUUGUUAUGGCGGCUUUGACUCAAGAAUAUCAAGCUUAUCAACAAGCAAAAACUCAUUCUGUUGGUGCAUUAUCUGGUACAAGUAAUGUUUAUUUAGCUAUGAAAUAUAAUUUGACACCCAUUGGCACUGUUGCACAUGAAUUCUUUAUGGCAAUAUCAGCAUUAGAAGGCAUCGAAAAAGCCAAUGAAAAAACAUUAGAAAAAUGGUACGAAACAUAUCGUGGAGCUCUUGGUAUUGCUUUGACGGAUACGUUUACAACACCUGUGUUUUUGAAGGAUUUCGGCAAGGAUUUGGCAACCAAGUAUAUUGGUGUACGACAAGACUCUGGCAGUCCCAAGGACUUUAUUCCUCUGAUGGUCAACCAUUACAAAUCAUUGGGAAUUGAUCCAUUGACCAAGGUGAUUGUGUUUUCCGAUGCUCUGGAUGUUGACCGUGCUAUUGAAUUAUUGACGCUGUGUCAACAGUAUGGCAUCAAGGCUAGUUUUGGCAUUGGUACUUCCUUCACCAAUGAUUAUUACAAACUUAGUCAUCCUACCGAAAGAAGCAAGCCGAUGAAUAUUGUCAUCAAGAUCAAGGAAUGUAAUGGCAAACGGGUCAUCAAGCUUAGUGACGAUGUGUUGAAGCAUAGUGCCGAUCAAGCUACUGUGGAAGCAUUUAAACGAACUUUGGGAUUAGAAUAGUUAUUGAUUUGUAUAGUGUAUUUUUGUAAUUUUUUUUUAUUACAACUAUGAUAUUUGAUAGUAUAGACAAUAAAAUUUGUUUACUGAAAUAGUAAUAAUAAUA